AUGUCACGAAAAAGAGUACAGGUACAUGUCUCCGCGGCAGAUACCAGUCUGGAUUCAGAAUUUUUGUUUCCACAUGCGCCAAUGCACUACGAUAAGAAAGAUGAGGAAGCAGGUGAUGAGACUGAUGCAGUGGCAACAAAUAUUGAUGGAGAUAAACUGAAUAUAGCCGUACUGUUAUUUUUGUAUAUAUUACAAGGUAUUCCUCUGGGAUUGGCUGGAAGUAUACCAUUAGUUCUUCAGGGACGCAAUGUGGGAUACAAACAACAAGCAAUGUUCAGUUUUGUUUACUGGCCAUUCAGCGUGAAAUUAUUGUGGGCUCCCAUUGUUGAUGCUGUCUACUCAACCAAGUUCGGUCGCCGAAAAACCUGGCUUGUUCCAACUCAGUACCUGAUAGGAUUUUUCAUGAUAUUUUUAUCGCAACAUGUCGGAGAGCUUCUCGGGGAUGGACAAGAAGGCUUUGUGCCAGAUGUUUUUAUGUUAACUGUCAUUUUUUUCAUGUUGAAUUUUUUGGCCGCAACUCAAGACAUCGCUGUUGAUGGGUGGGCUUUGACAAUGCUGUCACGACGAAAUGUUGGCUAUGCUUCCACAUGCAAUUCGGUGGGACAGACUGCCGGAUAUUUUCUUGGUAAUGUUGUGUUUCUUGCAUUAGAAUCUGCUGAUUUCUGUAACAAAUAUAUGAGAUCUGAGCCUGAGCCAGAAGGACUUAUUACUUUAGCAGGGUUUGUAUAUUUUUGGGGAUUUGUCUUUUUGAUCACUACAACUUUAGUUUGGUGGUUCAAAACAGAAAAUCCAGAACUUAUUGAUGAUGUAGAUCAGGGGAUUUGGGGAACCUAUAAAUUAUUAUAUACCAUUGUACGUCUACCAAGCAUUCAGUCAUUUAUUGUAAUACUAAUGACUAGUAAGAUUGGUUUUUCAGCUACAGAUGCUGUAACAGGAUUAAAAUUGAUAGAAGCAGGGGUACCUAAAGAACAAUUAGCAUUACUUGCUAUACCAUUGGUACCAUUGCAAAUAAUAUUACCCUGGCUUAUCAGUAAAUAUACCACAGGACCCAGACCACUAAAUAUAUUCAUAAAGGCUAUUCCAUACAGACUGUUGAUGGGAUUGGUGUUUGCAUUAAUUGUUUGGUGGACUCCCUCUGUUGAUCAAGGCAAUGGUGAAUUUCCAAUGUAUUACUACGCAGUACUCAUACUAAAUUAUGGGUUACACCAGAUUUCGCUUUACUGUAUGUUCGUUUCUAUCAUGGCAUUCAACGCUCGGAUAAGUGACCCUGUUAUCGGUGGAACAUACAUGACGUUAUUAAAUACACUAAGCAACCUUGGUGGCAAUUGGCCAAGUACGUUAUCACUUUGGUUGGUUGAUAGCUUAUCAUGGAAGUCUUGUAGUAUUGAUGGAUUAGACUGUGAUACAAGUAUACAGGCUGAGGCUUGUACUAAAGAUGGAGGAGUCUGUCACACAGAUAUAGAUGGGUACUAUAUCGAGACCAUUGCAUGCUUUGUUAUUGGGUUACUGUGGUUACUAUGGAAGCAGAAAACUGUUAAAAAAUUGCAGACUUUGGACGACUCAGCAUGGAAAUGUUCAUAA